CUGAAGUACCGUUCACAUCUAACUAUCGCGUGAUCUCUAGCGCCCCAAAUUCCUUGCUGUGUGUAUUCAACAAAACAGCAUCUCCAUGAUGAGUUACUUAGAAAAACCAGAGGAUAUCUCAAAAGAUGAGUGGAUGGACAAGCUGAACAACGUACACAUCCAGCGAGCGGAUAUGAACCGACUGAUCAUGAACUACCUGGUGACGGAGGGGUUUAAAGAGGCUGCAGAAAAGUUCCGUAUGGAGUCUGGCAUUGAGCCGAGUGUGGACCUGGACUCUUUGGAUGAACGGAUAAAGAUUCGCGAAAUGCUUUUGAGAGGACAGAUCCAGGAGGCUAUCACUCUCCUCAACAGCCUUCACCCAGAGCUCCUGGACACCAACAGAUACCUGUACUUUCAUCUACAACAGCAGCACCUCAUCGAGUUGAUCCGGUUACGGGAGACGGAGACGGCGCUGGAGUUUGCCCAGAGCCAGCUGGCGGAGCAGGGCGAGGAGAGCCGUGAGUGCCUGACCGAGAUGGAGCGCACACUGGCCCUGCUGGCCUUCGACAACCCUGAGGAGUCGCCGUUUGGGGACCUGCUCAACACAAUGCAGCGGCAGAAGGUUUGGAGUGAAGUGAAUCAAGCCGUGUUGGACUAUGAGAACCGAGAAUCAACACCCAAACUAGCAAAGCUACUGAAGCUUCUCCUGUGGGCCCAAAAUGAACUGGACCAAAAAAAAGUGAGAUACCCCAAAAUGACAGACCUGAGCAAAGGCACAAUUGAAGACCCCAAGUAGAAUUUGAAACCAACAAAAUGGACUACAUUAAUAUUAUUUUUUUAUUUUAUUUAUGAGCGGUCAUUGACUAGAUGAUAUAUUACUGUAGAUAAGACCAUACUAUGAUGUUAUGUACCACUAUGUACUGCUUUUUAAAGAAUCUACAUUUAUAACAAAAUGUGUAAGCUGUAUAUGGUUCUAUUUCACAGCUAAUUAUCAGACAUGGACAAUUAGUUCAAUGUACACCAGUGUCAGAAUCUUGGUAAUGAUCGUGACUGGGUUAAGAUGACCGUAUUGGACGCAUUUGUUCAAGCAUCUGGUUCAGUUUUACUGGUUUUAAGCCAGCCACUGACUAGAGUUGUAUUGAGAAUGCAGAAAGACUGCUGGUACGUACAUACAACGUGAGCUAUUUUGCCUAAAUUAGGCUUUUUAAUCAACAGAAGUAUUUUUAGGCACAUCUGUUGCUUUUUGUGUUUUGUAUUUUUAAUUAUAAAAAAAACUCAGUUAUUCUACUGUGAAUGGACAAAGUUUGUAUGAGCAUGCAUUGUUAGCAAAUUCUUGGUUCUAGUCAUUCGGAAUUUCUCUGUACUGCUAUGGUUUUAAACAUUAUUAUUGUUAUUGUUAUUAUUAUUAUUGUUAUUGUUGUUAUUACUACUAAUAAUAAUGAUAAUAAGAAUAUACAGUAGUCUUUAAUACGGGUGGUGCUUUGAGUUUGCUAGUUUUCAUAUGCAGUUGUGUUUUUCCCAGUUUAAUAUGGAUAAAUAUUGAAAUUGCUAUUAUUUCUUUUUUUUUACUUCUGUUCCUGCAACAUUUUGUCAUUCAUAUUGUAUUUCAUUAAUUCAUUUAUGCAGAUACAGUAGACAAAAUAUUAAAAGCACAGUCUGUGUUUUUGGAUGUUUCUGGGAAGGUACUUACAGAUACAGGCCAAUAAAGAAUGUUGCAGUUA